UUGAAUACAAUAAAUCACAGGAGAAGGGACUAAAAAUAAGGAGAUUAGUGCAGAACGAGAAAAUAAGAGUGUAAAAUCACUAUCCUUUUGUUGACGUGUCAUCUUGUGAAUUGCAUAAAUGAAGGAUUAGCUCCUCACUCAUGAGGAUCUAACCCAUGAACAAAAUCGUAAUUGUAAACACUAUAUAUUUUUUGUUUUGGCAAUCUAUUAGUUGGGGAUGGCAAGCGCGCUAGCCACUCUAUGUGGGCAGACUUUUGGUGCCAAAAGGUACCACAUGCUGGGCAUAUACAUGCAAAGGUCUUGGAUUGUGCUGUUUUCGUGCUGCAUUCUUCUGUUGCCUGUGUACCUAUACGCGUCUCCGAUUCUGAAACUAAUCGGACAGUCUGAUGAGGUGGCGGAGCAGUCUGGGGCGCUGGCUUUGUGGCUCAUACCCUUGCACUUCAGCUAUGCAUUUCAGUUCCCAUUGCAGAGGUUCUUGCAGUGCCAGCUCAAAAACUUUGUGACCUUGUGGGUUUCGUUGGCAGUUUUGGUGCUUCAUUCAGUGACAACUUGGAUUUUGGUGAGUGUGUUGGAUUUUGGGGUUGUGGGUGCUGCCAUUGCUCUUGAUAUCUCAUGCUGGGCUUGCGGUUUGGGGCUGUUUUGGUAUGUUGUGUCUGGUGGUUGUCCAUUGAGUUGGGUUGGUUUCUCAAUACAAGCAUUUUCUGGGAUUUGGGAAUUUGCCAAAUAUUCUGCUGCUUCUGGGGUCCUGCUGUGCUUGGAAUUCUGGAGCUAUAGAAUCCUAAUACUGAUGACUGGGUUCUUAGAGGAAGCAACUCUUGCUGUGGAUGCCUUGUCAAUAUGCACGACUAUAAAUGUAUGGGACCUCAUGAUUCAUUUGGCUUUCUUGGUUGGCACGGCGUACUUACCAUAUUUAUCAUCUCUUUCAGUCAUGUAA